AUGAAUGUGCAUACGAACGGCAAUUAUCCAAUUGCUCCUCUUUUGUUCGAUUCUGAGAGUGAAUUCUAUGCAGAUGAACCGAUCUAUGAUCCAGACAUUCAUUUACAAUUAACUGAACCUGAAUUUGUUGUUCUACUCGACAGUUUUAAACAUGUACCAAAAGCACCUCAAUUGAACAAAUCCGUUUCACCAACUGGUCAAAGUCAACUCGCCUACACUGGCCCAUUUCGAGUAUUAAGUGACGAAGGUUAUCGUGUACUCCAUUCCAUUCUUCAACGUGAAAUGGCCUAUCGGAUAAGCGACGCUCGUCAUCCAGCAAAAAUUCGUUUCGGUGCUUAUCGUAGUAAAUGGUUACAAGAGUUUAACCGCUGUCCACGCAUCGCCGAACAUCUCUCACGUAUAACUGGAGAUGUGCAAAUAAUGCCAACUACACUUCAAUCGAAUUAUAGUCAUACCAAUCUUGGUUAUCCAGGUUUCGAUCGAGUUGACCAGUUCCAUCGUGAUAGCGUACCUUACGUUCUUAUUCUUCUGGCUUGUGAUAUGACGGAAACGAUCGGAGGAGAAUUGCAACUUAUCGAACGAUCUCCCGAUGAAGCUUUUCGUCUUAUUGAACAAUAUGAAGGCAAAGUUCCGAAAGAAUUUAUUCGAACGAUCGAUUAUCUUGGAACAAACUCGUGUGUAUUUAUGCAAGGCAGUCAAAUUGUUCAUGGCGUGGCAAACAUCGAGUCAUGCAAAGAACCUCGAAUAACGGUCGUGAAUUCGUAUAUGCCAACUAAUCCAUUUGUAACGGAUCUUACGCGAUAUGAUACUUUUCGAAACGAAAAAACUGCACCAUUGGAAUUCGCUAUGCACAAGAUUUGGCGUGCGGGUGCGCAAAUGUUUGAUCUAGGAUCAGGAAAGCAUCCAUGGCCAACGCUGGAGCAAGUCGUUGAAAGAUUGAAUAAAUCGAUCGAAGAACUCGAACACUGUCGUGAUCUUCUUUUGGAGAAAACAACAGAUCGAAUCUGUUUUUAUGAUGAAAAAACGAAGAAGAUGAGUUUCUUCGAAACAGCUUCAACGGCAUUCAAAGAAGAACAAGAAUAA